AUCUAUGCAAAAAUUUGCAGGCUCUACUAUUCCCAUCAUAAUUUCUAAACUUCACACUAAAGCUUCUUGUUCUUUAGCUUAGUUCCUCUUCUAUGCCAAUCACAACACUUGGUUACACGAACCCACCUAAAGUUUCGGUCAAUUACAUGCGGAAAAAAUCUUUUUUGACAGAUUGAACAAUCCAAAGAUGGGAUUUUCAACUUUGGACUUGGGUUCCCAUAUUUUUGUCGGAAAUUGUCAUGGAAAGUAUGUGAAGUUCCAAUAUUUUAAUGAAAUAGGAAGAAACACCCUUAGUUUCAAGCUUCCCGACUCUCGGCGUGUCUCAACAAGACCACUCUCAAGCAAGUUUGAGUCAAUUGAAUUCGAAGAAAGAACAAGCCCAGCUGAGGUCAAAAAAGAAAUAGAACUAUGCUAUGAACUCAUACGCAGACUGGGGAAGGGAGUAGUGUAUUUGGGUUCAUCAAGGAUGGGACCUGGUCAUUCACAUUACUCACAAACACUAGAAUUGGGAAGAGAGAUUGCAACUCUUUUGGACUGUACAACUUGGUCAGGAGCUGGUCCGGGGCUAAUGGAUGCUGCUACCAAAGGUGCUAUAGAAGCAGGAAAACCAGUUGGAGGAUUUAAGAUUGGUAAAGAAGCUGGGGAAUGGACUACAUCAAAGUUCCAUCCAUACCUACCAUCAGAAGCAUAUCUAACUUGCAGGUUUUUCUCUGCUAGGAAACAUGGUUUGGUGGAUGCUGCUUUGAGAAGGAGUAUUACAGACCGAACUGCUGUUGUUGCCCUUCCUGGUGGAAUUGGGACUCUAGAUGAAAUGUUUGAGAUAUUAGCAUUGAUUCAACUGGAGCGAAUCGGGUCAGAGCAUCCAGUUCCAUUCUUGCUCAUGAAUUAUGAUUCCUUCUAUUUGAAGCUGUUGGAUUUUCUUGAAGAUUGCAAGGACUGGGGUACUGUCUUCAAUGGAGAGGUUGCAUCUUUAUGGAAGGUUUGCAAUAGCAACUCUGAGGCUUUAGCUUAUUUAUCCGAAUUUUAUAACAUGACUAUUGGUGAUAAAGAUAUUUAUGAAACGGAAUCGACAAGUGGGCGUGGCACUAUUUGUUGAUAGGAUUUGGAAUUUCUCUACUCGUUGCAAAAAAAUCGUUCUGCAACUAAUGCUCAGCUGAUAUCUCAAACUGUUGUAGACUCCAUAAGUAAUUGGAUCUGGUUAGUGGAAUACGCUUAUUUUGUUUUGAAUAAUACAUAAUAAUAUAUUAAUUACUAUCCGUACUGUUACUUUAUAUCUGACUUCCAAGACUUGAUAUUUUCGUUUU